AACGAUGGAAACAAGCCUUGAUUUCUUGAUGGAACCAGUGGCCGCUGCCGCUGCAUGCGCCGCCGGCGCUGGUUGUUCCAGACCCCUCUCUUGACUCCUCUCUGUCGCCACCGCUCACUAGAACCUCCACCGCCACCUCCCCGUUGUCUCAUCUCGCCCUACCCCAUCUCCUCCUAUGCUGACCAGCAAGUACGCCGCCGGCAUGGCCCGUCCCUCAAGUCCACGACGCUUCUUCUCUGAUAACUCUCUUGCCUUCUUUUCUGAUGCAGCAGCCCCGCCGCCCACCACCUACUCCUCCUCCCCGGCAUUUCCUCGCCGCCGAAGCCGCCCUUCCCCCAAGUCUGCGACGCCUCUCCUGCAUCCUCCUCUGAUGCAGAAGCCCCAGCACCUUCGCCUCCUCUCCGCUGUCUCCACCGACGCCGACCUUCGCGUAUGCCGGCUAUGCGCUACACAUCAUCGGCGGCGGCUGGGCUCCUUCCACGCCUACGUGCUACAGGUUCUUCCAAUUAGAGUACGAGCUACUCCCCGAGGACUGCUUUGUUGUGUGCAAUUGGAGCGCCACCCACGAGCUCCACACUCGCGUUCUCCUCCAAUUGACUCCAUCUGGAAGAUGGCUGGUCUGGUGCGAUGUUGGCGUGGAGGAGCUAUGCUCUGCUAUUGCCAUCUAAUAUGUUUCGUCAAGAACCAAGGCAAUUAUGUAGGUGGGCAGAUGGAGAUGUACCGUGCUUCAAAAAUUAUUCCCUGGCGUGAUCUAAGAUCACAGGCUGUGCUAGAAAUUUUGGAGGUCUGGUGUGGGGGCAGUUGUCGCAUCUUUUACAAUUUCACAAUUCGGAGUUAUCAGUUGUGACGCUCGCACGACUUGCAGUUGACGAAGCCAAUGUUGGAAGGAUGUUGACGCAUGGAACAUCAUUUGACAUACUCCCUCCGUUCCGAAUUAUUUGUCUUGGAUUUGUCUAGAUACGGAUGUAUCUAGACUUAUUUUAGUGCUAGAUACCUCCGUAUCUAGACAAAUCUAAGACAAGUAAUUCGGAACGGAGGGAGUAGUAGUCUAGCUUAGUGAGCCCCGGUCAUUUUUUUGUACUUGUAUAUAAUCUCUUUUGCAUGCAAGUUAAGUGUUUUACUUUUUUGUUUUCCUUUUUCAUGUGACUUCUCCUAGCCAAUUAAUGAUUGUGGUAUGUUUA